AAGAGGAUAAUUAAUAAAAGACAUUUUAAUCUGCUCGAAAAGUUUCGGAUGUGGUUGAUUAUGAUAUGGACUUCCCCAAUAAUUCUCUGUCUUUGAGAUCGAGCUUGACGUUUGGAGAGAUUUUGUGUUCGGUGUUCAUUCCGUUGAUCGGAAUAGCUGAAGCUUUGUUUUACACUUUCGCUGGUUGCUUCGAUUUCAAUCCCAAGAAGAAGAAGAAACCUUCUCCUACCUUCAACGAUAUUCUCACACUCGCCAAGGAUUCUCCAUUUACUGUUAAUGAAAUUGAGGCGUUGCGUGAGUUGUUCAAGAAGUUAAGUAGUUCAAUCAUUGAUGAUGGCCUCAUCCACAAGGAAGAGCUCACUUUGGCACUGUUGAAGACCCCAACUGGAGAGAAUCUUUUCCUAGACAGGGUGUUUGAUCUAUUCGAUGAAAAAAGAAAUGGCGUUAUAGAAUUUGAAGAGUUUGUGCAUGCGCUCAGUGUCUUUCAUCCUUAUACUCCUUUGGAAAAGAAAAUUGAUUUUGCUUUUAGAUUGUAUGACUUGAGACAGACAGGAUAUAUUGAGCGAGAAGAAGUUAGGCAAAUGGUUGUUGCCAUUCUGUCAGAAUGUGGCAUGAAUCUGGAAGAUGAAGUCCUUGAUGUCAUUAUUGAUAAGACAUUUCAAGAUGCUGAUGCUGACAAGGAUGAUAAGAUAAGUAAAGAAGAAUGGAAGGCUUUUGUUAUUCGGCACCCAACACUCUUAAAGCACCUGACUCUUCCUUAUCUGAAGGACGUCACUACAGUAUUUACCAGUUUCAUUUUCAACACCGAAGUUGAUGAUUCUCACUGGCAAUUCAAUGGCAAUCAUAAACAUUAAGGAGUGGAAGCUUGUUCUGUGUAUCAGCUGUUGCUAUUCUGAGAAGUAGAUUCUGGCGAUUCCACUCUCCCAAUGUGUCCAACCAGAGAAAAUUUAUGGAAAUGGACCAAACCACAAGGGGUGUUAAAAAAUCUGAUCUAACCAGUAAACUGGUUAAAUGGGAUAAAAUUACGGUUUAGUUUGGUCUGUUUACUGUACACCUCGUUUUGGUGCAGUGCACAAAAUUUAUUUGUACGAUUCAAGGAACCAUAUGAAAUAUUGAAAAUUUAAUGUGUUUAUGGUCAUAAUUAAAAUAUCAUCAAUUG